CCAGUCCUCCCAACGAGAGCAGCUCCACCUAACGGGAAGCAACGACGGCUGCUUAAUCUUUCAUUGGGGAAAAAGGGUUGAAAGGCGAGACGAAAACGUACAAAAUCGUCCCCGCCUCCAGCCAAAAUGAUCCACAGCCUGUUCCUCAUCAACUCCUCGGGGGACAUUUUCCUGGAGAAGCACUGGAAGAGCGUGGUCAGCCGCUCUGUGUGCGACUACUUCUUCGAGGCCCAGGAACGAGCCACCGAGCCAGAGAACGUCCCUCCGGUGAUCCCCACGCCGCACCACUACCUGAUCAGUGUGCUCAGGCAUCGGAUCUACUUUGUGGCCGUCAUCCAGAGCGAGGUGCCGCCGCUGUUCGUCAUCGAGUUCCUGCACAGAGUCGUCGACACCUUCCAGGAUUAUUUUGGAGUGUGUACAGAGGCUGCGAUUAAGGACAACGUGGUCGUGGUGUAUGAACUCCUGGAGGAGAUGCUGGAUAACGGCUUCCCGCUGGCCACAGAGUCCAACAUCCUCAAAGAGCUCAUCAAGCCCCCCACCAUCCUCCGCACAAUGGUCAACACCAUCACAGGCAGCACUAACGUCGGAGAGCAGCUCCCCACAGGCCAGCUGUCGGUGGUGCCAUGGCGACGCACCGGAGUCAAAUACACCAACAACGAGGCCUACUUUGACGUGGUGGAGGAGAUCGAUGCUAUCAUCGAUAAAUCAGGCUCCACCAUUACAGCAGAAAUUCAGGGAGUUAUCGAUGCCUGUGUGAAACUGACAGGCAUGCCCGACCUCACGCUGUCAUUCAUGAAUCCUCGGCUGCUGGAUGACGUCAGCUUUCACCCGUGUGUUCGGUUCAAGCGUUGGGAAGCUGAGCGCAUCCUCUCCUUCAUCCCCCCCGAUGGAAACUUCCGGCUGCUCUCGUACCACGUCAGCUCCCAGAACCUGGUGGCCAUCCCGGUGUACGUGAAGCACAACAUCAGCUUCAGAGAGGGCAGCUCUCAGGGCCGCUUCGACCUGACUCUGGGCCCCAAGCAGACCAUGGGCAAGUCGGUGGAGGCGGUGCUCGUCAGCAGCCAGCUGCCCCGCGGCGUCCUGACCGCAAACCUCAACCCCUCCCAGGGAACAUACACCUUCGACCCCGUCACCAAGAUGUUGACAUGGGAUGUUGGAAAGAUCAACCCACAGAAGCUCCCCAGCCUGAAGGGCACCAUGAGUCUGCAGGCCGGGGCCUCCAAACCCGACGAGAACCCCACCAUCAACAUCCAGCUGAAGAUCCAACAGAUGGCCAUCUCAGGGCUGAAGGUGAACCGACUGGACAUGUACGGUGAGAAGUACAAACCUUUCAAAGGCAUCAAAUACAUGACGAAGGCUGGCAAGUUCCAGGUGCGGACAUAAAGACUGCUGCUCUGUGACUACUGGACCAAACCACCAGGAGACUGACGGGGGGGUGUGAUGGGGGAGUUGGUACAUUCCCUGUGUAUAUGCAUUUCAGGAUUUGACAGAUGGGAGGCUCCAUGUAGCAGUUAAGAUGGACCGUUGCUCAAAGUCUUUUGAAGUGAAAGUGCUUUAAGUAGUGAGUCAACAUGAGAUAUAAACAUUUCCAUCGAACCCCGAUCAUCCUAAUUUAUACUUCUCUACUUUACAUCACCGCUUUUUUCCACUGUUCAUUUUUUAUCCUGAGCCCAAAACCAAACCCAAGCAGUUACAUGAGACGUUUGUUUUUUAAUACAGGCUUCUUCAAGUUCAAACAUUUCAAACUCUAACAAACAAACAGGGGU